AUGAAGUCCCAGGAAACGAUGAUUUGCUGUUUAAUGUUAUUUCUGGCCACAGAAUGUUCUCACUAUAGAUCCAAGAUCCACAUCCAAGAUGGAGAUAAACAUCAACAUCCUGAAGGGAAACUCAAGACUGGAAGGAUACAAGAGAAAUGCCAUGGACCUUGCUUCACUACUUCUAAAUGCAGCCAGCCCUGUGCUCAGCACUUUUGGGGAGAAAUAGGAUUUACAUGUCAUCAAAACGAGUGGCAAAAAUCAACUGAAACGUGUACAAGCCUAUCUGUGGAAACAUUAUUUAAGGACUUCAAUAGUGCAUUACGCCUUUCCGUAGCUGCAGCGUCCAUCCCUCUGCAUGUUCUAGACUUCCGAGCUCCAGAGCCCAUGGACAGUGUAGCCCAAGGAAUCCGCAGGAACUGUCCAAUUGAUUAUGCCUGCAUAACUGAUGUUGUGAAAUCAUCAGAAGCCACUUCUGGAAACAUUGCAUUUAUAGUGGAGUUAUUAAGAAAUAUUUCUACAGAUUUGUCUGAUAACGUUACCCGAGAGAAGAUGAAGAGCUAUAGUGAAGUGGCCAACCACAUCCUCGACACAGCAGCCAUUUCAAAUUGGGCUUUCAUUCCAGACAAAAAUACCAGCUCAGAAUUUUUGCAGUCAAUGAAUCUGUUUGCGAGGCAACUCCACGUCCACGAUGAUUCUGAGGACAUUGUGGAUGAGCUCUUCAUUCAGGCAAAAACAUUUUGCAUCAACAAUGAUACCUUAGAGAAAAAGUUCAAUUUCUCCAUGAGCAUGAACAAUAUGACAGAGGGUAUCAUAGGAAUGAUAGAAAUUCCCAGGCAAGAGCUGUGGAAGUUGUCACCAAAUGCAUCCCAAGCCAUCAGCAUAGCUUUUCCCACCUUGGGGGCCAUCCUGAGAGAAGUCCACCUGCAGAAUGUGAGUCUUCCUAGACCUGUAAAUGGUCUUGUCUUUUCAGUGAUUUUACCAGAAAGAUUGCAACAAGUCUUAUUCACCUUCGAGAAGAUCAAUAAAUCCCAGAAUGCCAGGGCCCGGUGUGUUGGCUGGCACUCCAGGAAAAGGAGGUGGGAUGAAAAUGUGUGUGAAACCACAUUGGAGAUCGUGAACAAAGUAAAAUGCCAGUGUAACUACACCAACAUGGUGAUGUCCUUUUCCAUUCUAAUGUCCCCCAAAUCUAUUGACAACAAAGUCCUGGACUACAUCACCUGCAUUGGGCUCAGCAUCUCCAUCUUUAGCUUGAUUCUUUGCUUGAUCAUUGAAGCUGCUGUUUGGUCCCGCGUGGUUGUGACAGAGAUAUCCUACAUGCGUCACGUGUGCAUCGUGAACAUAGCUGUGUCGCUCCUGAUUGCUAAUGUGUGGUUCAUCAUAAACUCUAACUUUCACAAAAAGGCCCAGGACUCCAACUGGUGUGUUGCGCUGACAUUUUUCAGCCACCUUUUCUACCUUUCUCUGUUUUUCUGGAUGUUCUUCAAAGCACUGCUCAUCAUCUAUGGGAUAUUAGUUGUUUUCCGUAGGAUGAUGAAGUCCCGCAUGAUGGCCAUUGGCUUUGCCAUCGGCUAUGGGUGCCCGUUGGUCAUUGCUGGUACUACAGUUGCUAUUACAGUGCCAGAGAGAGGUUACAUGAGAUCUGAUGCCUGUUGGCUUAACUGGGACAAUACCAAAGCCCUUUUAGCAUUUGCCAUCCCAGCCUUGGCCAUUGUGGCUGUGAACCUUGUGGUGGUUUUGGUUGUUGCUAUCAACACUCAGAGGCCCUCUAUUGGCAGUUCCAAGUCUCAGGACCUGGCCAUAAUUAUGAGGAUCAGCAAAAAUGUUGCCAUCCUUACCCCAUUGCUGGGACUGACUUGGGGUUUUGGAAUAGCCACACUUAUUGAAGGUACUUCCUUGGUAUUCCAUAUAAUCUUUGCCCUGCUGAAUGCUUUCCAGUCCCUCAUACUUCGGUUGAAUUUUGCCACAGGGGUUUUUCAUCUUGCUGUUUGGAACCAUCAUGGACCACAAGAUAAGAGAUGCUUUGCGGAUGAGGAUGUCUUCACUGAAGGGGAGAUCAAGGGCGGCAGAGAAUGCAUCAUUAAGCCCAACCAAUGGAUCUAA